AUGGAGCCGAGCGCGGCGCAGAGGGGAGCGGUCUACACGGUCGACGUCCCCUCGCUGGACCUCUGGCUGCGGCCCCGGGGCGGAGGCCAGGCCUUCCUGCCGGACCUGCACCUGCGAGCCGCGGGGCUGGACCUCGGCCGGGACCCAAGUGGCGCACAGGCGGGGCGCCUGAAGACCCUGCGGCUCACGUGCAAGGGCGUGGGCCUGGGGUACGGGCACCCCAUCGUUUUCCUGAGGGCGGUCGAGCUGGGCCGGGAUGUGGCCAGGGGGCAGCGCUCAAGCGAGGGCCAGGCUGGCAUUGCGGGCGGCGCCCAGGAGGCCUCCCUGUUGGUGGCCGUGCCGCAGAUGGACGUCAAUGUCACCCCUUUCUUCCUGCACGUGCUGCGGGGCUACUUGCCCGCCUACUACCCGGCGGGUGGCCCGGCCUCACCCAAGGCCCCUUGGGACGCCGAGAAGCUCCAGACCUCGAGCCCAAUCAGGGUGCCCAGGCUGCCGAACCUCCGGGUGGCGACGAGCAAAGUCGCAGUCAAGCUCUGGAACAGCGCGAAGCCGACCGGGGUCGACGUCUUGCCGCAUGCCCAGCUGCGAGUAGAGGGCCUCGAUUUGGUCACCGUCAGCAGUGGCAGCGGGGCCGAGAAAGAGGCGAGCUUCGACAUGACGGUCCGAGGCCUCUUAGGCGAUGUCCACGUGCUUGGGGAUUCGAAGCGCCAGGUGUUCUUAUGUUCUUGCCUGUGCACCGGCGCGUCCGAAGAACUGGAACCUCCCGAAGAUGCAGCAGUGUCCCUGUCUGCUGCUAUCUCCAGUGCUGGUGCAGACGUAGUAGUCAAGUCCGCCCUUGUGCACCUGGCACUGUCGCCGGGACUCCUGCGCUGCACCAGCGUGUUCCUGCCGCGCGAGUUCAAGCCCCAGGCGGUGGCCGAGGAGUUCUCGGAGGACGAGGCCUCGGUCGUCGCCGCCUCCGAGCACGACCUCAGCCUGACGCGGGAGUCGUCGGUGGAGACGUACCCCCUGCUGUCGCCCCGGCGCGCCACCAAGGAGGACCCCGCCACUGCCCAGGCCCAGGAUUGGAGCCGCAGGCUCACGGCCCGCGUGGUGCACAUGGCCGUGGGGUUGCAUCUGGAGGUCGCGGGCGACGAGCAUGCCCUCGUCUUCGUCCCCGAGCUCGCGGACCGCUGCGCCGCCAAGCCCGGGGACCGCCUCAGCACGCUGGUCGGCGUCCGCGGCGCCCAGGCGGCCGCGCAGAGCUCUGGCGGCGGCAGCAGUGCGGAGGUGUCCCUGGAGAGCAUCCACGUGGCCGUGGUGCAGGAGAUGGUCGUGCCCCCGGGGGUGCCCUACUGGCUGCGGCCGUGCAGGCUCUCCUCGAUCGAGGAGGGACCGCCGAGGUGGGCGCUUGCGCUGGAGUCCGUCCAGGCGGUGCUGUCCGUCCAGGCAGGAGGCCUCCGCGGGCCGCCGUCACUGCCAGGACUGGCCGCCGUUCCAGCUCAACAGGAAGCGCGGCAGCUCCAGGCGGCGAUGUCGAUCCAAAGCGCAUCGUUGUGGUGUUCGAAGCUAGGCGGCAUGGACGAGGCUCACGCUGCAGUCCCGCUGGGCAACGAGGAGCUGUUGGCCGCGUGCUUCGGCGGCCAGGAGCGUGUCAACGUGGCCAGCUUCUGCUCCCUACUGCACCCCUGUGGAUCCGAGCCCUGGCUGAGCCUCUCCAUGAACGGUGUCUGGGUCUCCGGGUGCGAGGGGCCAUGGGAGCAGGGCAACGGCUUCUAUGCCCCGCAGCCGUUCCUGUUCAACGGGUCCACCGUGUACAUGAAGUCCAGGAAGAGCGGAGCCUCCUCGCACAUGUACCUGAGCAGGUACGAGUCGGACUGGGGGAUCACCAAGCAGCGUCCUGCCCCCGACUCGACUGCGCACCGCCUCCGUGCCGAGUGGGUGGCCGGACGAGCAACGACGCUGCCCGCGGAGCGCUUCCCCAGCAUCCGAGAUGGCAGGAGAGCGGCGUACUUCAGUCAGGAGUACGCCGCGGUGUACGUCACGCGCGAUCCCGUGCAGAUGGGCGCUGGCAGCGACCGGAGGAACCAGGUGUGCCUGUCGCUCGCGCGGUCCCUGCUGCAGGUGCCCUGCGUCGACGCGGGCCCGCUGGCCAAGCUCGUGCAGUGCGCCACGGGCCUCGCGGGCGAGCUUGCGCGGCUGCGGGCGCCGCCGAGGCCCCCGAUCGGCCGCAGCCCCGCGGCGGGCCCCGCGGAGGCGGCCGACGCGGGGGGCGCCCACUGGCAGGUGCAGGCCAGCGUGGAGCUCUACGUCGCGGUGCUCGAGGGCGGCAGUCAGGCGGGGCACCCGCUGGUGCGCGUCGGCUGGGUGUCCGAGCCCGAGCCGCCGGCAGGCGAGUGGACGAGCCAGCUGCGGGAGUUCUUCCUGGAGCUGCUGGCGCCCCAGGAGGCGAUUGGCGACAUCCUCCACGUGCUGACGGGGCCCCAGGCCGAUCCCCGAAGCGCCCUGGUGUCCCUGGCGGUCCGGCACGUCCGCGUCGCGAUCGACUCGGACGACCAGGCCUCGAAGCAGCCGCGGCGGGUGGUGCGCCUGCACGUAGGGUCGGCACUGGGGCUCCACCAGCUCGUGCCGCACAGAGAAAGGUGGCCACUGCCACAGUCGAGUUCAGAGCGUCUCGUGUUCCUGCAGAUGCAGUCGCCCGAUGGGGCUGACACUGUGUCUCUACACUACGCCGUAGGUGGUCAGCUUGAGUUGCGAGUGGCGCCGACGGCGGUGCGCUUUCAUCAGGACUGGAUUUCGUGCGUGAUCGAGAGCGCGAACCGUGUCCGCUGGUGGUACAACCACAGUCAUUUCAAAGACCCGAUAGACUGGUACACGUCGUUUCAGACCUCGAACGAAGAGGUCCAAGACUGGAGGGUGGCAUGGGAGUGUCCCGUCUGGGAGCUGGACUUGGAUUGUUGGUCGAACAAUGUCGAUCUUGAGAGAAUCAAGCUGGUCCCUGCCAAGCGCACCGUAGUUCAGCUAUGCAGCGACGGCGCGAUUUUGAAACUUACCGACGACUUUGAUGGUGAGCCGAUGCCAAUGGUCGGUCACAGAGGACAGUUUAGUAAGACAACCCCGUAUGAUUCCGAGAUUUUUCCUCUCAUUUUGCAGAUCGCAUCUUUCGGGAUGAAGCACGUGCUCGCCUUUGAUUCGCAGCACGACUUCAGUGUAAUCCAGCGCCACGAGAUCGUCCGGAAGCAGGUGCAUCGCACACAGAGAGACCUCCGGUCGAACAGCUCAGCGGAUCAUCAUCACUUUGGUGGCCAGUCCCAGUCGUCUCUCGCCUUCACCAAGACUGACAGCUCUGGCAGCGGUGGGGGCGCCAGAAAGCGGACAAACAACUUCAGCAGCAAGUUCAACCGCAAAUUCUCCGCCAACGAUAGCCCCGUCUUGGAGCGCAACAUGCGAGGCAGCUUCCUCUCGAAGGGCAGCUUCCUCUCGAAGGACCGUCCCAGCACGGUCCAUGGCAGCUCACUUUCGAUGCCAAGCCUCUUCCCUGGCGAUGGCCCCAGCGCGGAGUCUUUCUUCUCGGGGGGCCAUUUGGGUACGAGGGGGAGGUCUUCUCUAGGCACCAACAUGUCGGACGUGCACACAGUCUCGUCCGGGGUGGCGAGCCGCAUGACGAAAGUCGUGAUCGAGGAGCUGUGCUUGUGGGUGCCCGCUCCUGGCGGGAGGGGCAACGAAGACCUGGAGAUCCGGCUGCUAGUGCAGGCCGAUGCGGAGGGCGUCAUCGGUGAUGAGGUCAAGAUCAAUUUUCCGCGUCUUCACGCUCACGCUAUGGAGGUCACGAAUUUUUGGAAAGAACCUGGAGCCGAGAACAGAGAUGUGGCGGCAUCCUUUUCGCCGUUGACGUGUUGGUCGAGCCAGGAGGGGCCAUCAUCUCAGAGCGAUCCAUACCUGUCCACUUUGACGGAUCCAUUCAACAAUGACGAGGACAGCCCACCGAUACAGCUUGCGUAUCGCAGCGAGCUUGACGGCUCGCUUGUGGAGAAACACCAGUUGCUUGACAUACCGGGCCUAGACAUUGUGAUGGUGUGGGCCGGCAAGAGGUUGCUCGGAGUGCGGCUGGAGGGCAUCCUGGUGGACCUCCCAGUGGAGCUCCUCCAGAGCUUCGAGGCGAUCCAGCAGCUCGUAUCCUCGCUGUCGUCUCAUGGCGACGACCAGGAGACCCCCGCCAGCGUGGAGAUGCUCACCGCCCCCGUGACGCCGUCCGUGGCCCGCGCGGCCGCCCGGCCGAGCGCCAACGGCAGCCGCCGCUUCAGCCGGACGAACGCCAGCAAGGCUUUCGACCGGGUGAAAAGCAAGAACGAGAAGUUGAACAGCUUGCUGGGCGAGGCUUGCGACGAGCGCGACGCCGCGAAGCGGGGGGCACGCGCCGCUCGAGCAGAGGGGAAACGGGACGGUGAGGCGGCCGCUUGGAACGAGGCGAACAAGGAGCGCUGCGCCUUGCAGACUGCCCUCCAGAAGGCCAAGGAGAAGAACUGCUGCUUCUCCCUGGAGAGGGCCAGGUUCCUGACGAACGCCUCCAGGGCGCAGCGGGAGGCUUAUCGCGAGCUCGCUAAGAAGCCAAAAGGCAGCGGGGCGAGCGUCCGGGACGGCGCCGUGGGCAUGAAGCGGCGUGGCGGUGCUAGCGGCAGGGUCUCGCAGCUGAGCCGGGCAAGCGGCCACAAGGACGCGGUGGGCGCCUGGAGCAUCGAGCUCGACGUCACGCACAGCAUCGAGGUGCAGCUGCUGGGCGGCUUGCUCGCACCCUCGAACUGGCUGCGCGCGCGUUUACAGAACGUCUCCGUUCGCGGGCCGGUGCCACCAGAUCAGGGUAAGUCGCUGAGCUGCUGCGCGAAGUGCGAGGUCAUGUGCUACGACGCACAGGGCGCCCAGCUCGAGCCAGUCCUCGAGCCCGUGGAGGUGAUGAUCGAGGCGUGGCGCGGAGAGAACAAGAAAAUGGAGUGCGCCCUGACGGCGGCACGCGUGAACCUGAAUGUGCAGCGGGUGUUGGUGGACUUCUUUGCAACGGUGCGCCAGGGGCUUUCGGAUUUCGAGGGCAUGGCACCGAAGCCAAUACGCCGAGUUGACUUGGUCAACGAUACUGGGGUGACCUUCUCAAUCUUGUUCCAGUCUGGCGGUCCAGUCGAUGUGCAGCCUGGCUACGUGCAUGCGGGGGGGUUGAGUGCUACCGUUGCUUUGGGCUUCAGAUAUGCUGUCCUGGACGAGUGCCUAGUCGAAAAGGACAGUGUCGUCCGAGUUGAGCAGGAUUGGAUGCAAGAUCGCGCAUACUUGCUCCACGAUCACGGUUGCCCCAUUUUUUUGGAGCCAGUCAACGACAUGAGAGAAGGAGAGUGCCUUCUUCACGUGAGAAGUGCUGUAACGAUCUACAAUGACACUACGAUCCCUCUGAGGAUCACCCGCAAAACCAAGGAUGGUUCAGGCUUACCGCGUUUCGGCCGACGACAUUCGUGGUGCAGAGGCCAGGAAAGAGACGAAAUCGAGCUGAGCCCACACUCGUCUUGCUUUGUGCCACUCGAUUGGUUCCCUGCGCAAAAGAACCACCAGAUGAUCUACAUUGAAGCGCAGGCUCAGCAGGCCAUCGAACGCUUCCACGCGCCGACUCUGUUCAAGGAGCUGGCGCAGCUCCUGGACGCCUGUGUCUGGAACGGGGAGUCGCUUGAAGACGCCUUCAUGCCGGCGGGUUUUCUCGACCACGAGCUGCUCCAGCAGCGCAAGAAAUUCAGCAUCUUCUUCCACACGUACCUGAAGGUCGUCGGCUACCUCGACGCCUGUGACGUGCCGCUCGGUGGCGACGCCGAGGGGACGCGCCCGACGCAGAGCUUCAAGAUGCACCUCGCCAACGUCGUCACGUUCCGCAACUGGAUGCCGUGCCCCGUGGUCCUGCAGCUGUGCUCCCUGGAGGGGGCGCUCGAUCAGCAGGUGGUGUCGACGUCCAACGCGGAGCAGCUGCGCUCGCAGCUGUCCCGCUCGGGGAGCAGCAACGAGCUGGGCUGGGACCAGGUGAUCUGCUUCUCCCUCGAGGACGAUGCGGCGUCGCCGCCGGGAGGCGAGUCCGGUGCCGGUGGAGCGUCUGAUCUCAGCAUCCGCUGGCAGAAGGAGUUCGACGGCAUCAUGAGGCUGGCGCAGAAGAAGGGCACGACAGGAGCGAGGCAGCCACGGAGCAGGCGCGCGCAGGAUGUGGUCGCCAGUUACGUGCUUGGCGUCGACCAGGAGCUCUCCCUGCCCUUCGCCAAGCGCUGCCUGCACCUGCGCAUCACGGCCCUGGAGGAGUCCUCGGCUUCGCAGCCCACGGUGUUCGAGUCGGGCAGCCACUGCAUCGUCCUGCCCCCGGGCCAGUCCAAGAAGCCCCGCUCGGAGGCCAUCGCGCUCUGGCAGCGCGACGCCCCGGGCGCCGGCCUUCUCGGGGCCCCGCCCCCUGGGGCCCUGCGCGGCGUCGGGGCGCAGCCUCUGCAGGUCGCGCUCGAGAUGACGCGCACGAGCGUGGUCACACGGUGGCGGAUCUACACACCGGUGCUCGUCGAGAACUUGACGCCCUUCACGCUGUCCCUCCUCCCCGAGGACACCUCGUGCCUGCUGGAGCCAAACUGCCGCAGGGCGCUGCCCCGCUCGCAGAUGCAGAAAGACUCGGCGUACGUCGCCGUCUUCUACUCGGGCACCCCCUGCGACGAGGAGCCGUCGGCGUCCCCCACGUCCCCCACGACCGCCUCCGCGAAGUCGCGGCCCAGGCUGCCAGAGGGGCAGAGCAUCGACGGCCUGGCGGACAUGACCAAGCUCCACGAGUUCCAGCUGCCCUUCCCAGCCCCGCACGCGGCGUCCGACCGCGCGAAGGUCCAGGGGCUGCUGCUGAACAGCGUCAGCCUCGGCGUCUGCGUCCACAUGGCGCCCCCGCCCCUCCGCCUGACCAAGCUCGUCAGCAUCUUCCCCCGCUACGUCGCCCAGUCCAGGCUCGACUACCCUGUGAUGCUCCACUUCGAGGGCUGCCAGGGGGACGCGCGGCCCAUGGAGCUGCUGCCGGGCCAGAGCUUCCAGCUCCACCCGCCGACGGGGCAGGACGCGAGGGGCCGGACGCAGCUGUACCUGAGCGUGGGGGGCAGCAGGUCCACGGCCUUCGCCAUCGACCGCUGGCACGACGAGGACGGCUUCGGGCGCUACGCGUGCUUCCACGUGGGCCUCGAGGCGGACGGCUCCGCCCACAAUCCCCUUGGCUCUGCCGGCGCGCCGCGCUUCGUGCGGGUCGACAUCGCCCAGGCCACCUUCCCCUCGAAGGACCAGGCGCCGCUCGUCGACGGCUACUUCAUCGUCUUCCGGGACCCGAACUUCCGGGGCUCGCAGGACGUCCUCUUCCACGUCGAGAACCGGACGCCCCACGGCUUCAUGGUGGGCGUGCGUCGAGAUCACCAGAAGUCCCAGCGGAAGGCCAGUUUCCUCUGGCCGCCCGGCGACGUGUUGGGGGCGUCCAGCCAGUGGAUGCAUGAGCGCGGCUCGAAGGACCACGAGAGCUUGUACCGGAUUCUGUUGGAGAUAUCCCAGAACCACGACCUGGCCCAGCCGAAAGCCAGAGACGCUGUGGCCAACGAGACGCCAGACCUCCCUGUGAGCAUGGCCCUGGGCUCGGUCAUCACGGCAAGGCCUGGAACGUGCGCGAAGCGGAUGUUCUUGCCCAUGCGCGUGCAGAUCAUCGCCAUAGAAGAUGUCUCCACGAAGAGGGUCAAGCGCAUCCUCGUCCAUGGCAGUGCGGUGCUCGAGAGCGAGGCGACGAGCCUGGUGCUCGGGCCCAUCGACGCCCCCGAGAUCCGGUUCGUGCUGGGCAAGGUCGGCUCCGAGGUCUCCAUCGUCGAGGUGCGGGACUGGCAGCCGCGGAAGGAGGCACUCCGCGCCAUGCUCCAGGACUGCUGGCAGCUCCGGGCCGUCGGCGCGCAGGGCAGCUGGACGCCUGUGAAUUUGGAGUCAGCUGGCAGUUGGUGGAGCCAGCUCGUGGAUGUUGCGCAGGCGCCGCAGCGCACCGGCCAGGAGCUGCUGCUGAAGACCGCGGUGGAGCUUUGGCACGAGGAGAGCUCCGACGGGGUGCAGUGCUUCACCCUCAACCGCUGGAGCGGCAACGUCCUCGCGUCCGCGGCACCGAGCGAGUGGAAGCUGCACGUUUCCGUGCCGCACGUGUCCCUGAGUUGGGUGCACCGCCACUCCGAGGUGUUGGCUCUGAGGGUCAAGGGUGUCGACGCAGAGGUCGGGCAGAAUGCCGCGGACGAGCUCACGCUGGCCCUCUCCGUGCAGCAUUUGCAGGUGGAUCAUUUUGUGGAUGGCGAGCUGCCAGUGGUUCUAAACCGUCGCGUUCUUCACAUCAACAGUCGGCAUCUUGGAAAGAAGGCGAUCCACAUAUCGGUCGAGGGAAGCCUAGCGAGCCGCAUUAUUCGCAAACUGAGCCUCGAGAUGGUGCCCUACUGGCUGAAUCUGGAAAUCGGUGUUCUGCUACGGUUAGCGGAUCUGGCAGAGAGCAGCUUUCUCUCGUUCGGCGGCAAAGUGAAGAGCGAGCGGGUGCAACUGGAGCCGCCAGUCGCACCCAGCUCAGGCGAGGACAGCGCCCAGCAGAAAGGGGUGUGGCGCCUCAUGGAGCUGAUAGUCAAACCGCUGCGCUUGACAGUCAUGGUACGCACCCCUGACGAGGCCGCGGUCAGGGACAACACGAGGGUAUCCCGCUGGAUAAUGCGGCUGCCGGCGGAUAUGCCGAACAUGGAUGUUAGUUUGCCCAUGAUCAACCUUCAUGAUCGCUUUGGUACGCCUCUUCAGCUAGCCGAGGCGCUUAAGCAUAAGUACAAGCGGUCGGUGCAGUACCACGCCAUCAGGUCGAUCAUACUCUCCUACCUGGCCGCAACGCUCAAGGGCGUCCUCAAUGCGAUCUGGUGGCUUGUGCGAGGCCCAUAUGACGCAUGCACGGUGGCCCGAGACCGCACGCACGACCAAACGUCCGAAGAUAUGCCAAUCUUAUGGUGGGUGUCGCCGAUGGUCCACGGCAUUUCCGAGGGCACGUACAGGGCCAUGGCUGAGCUCAUAGGCAACUCGAUCUUCGGCCUUGUGUUGGCUCUCAAUGCAAUCCGCCAGCUGAUCCUCAGCGCACCACGCCCCAGGGUGCAGAGCAUCCUGGAUGGCGUCGUGCUCGGCCUCCGUGGACUCGUCGUGGACAGCCUGUUCACGCCCUUCCAGCAGCUGUUCCUGCAGACUCGGGUGGCGUAUCAGGACCAGGGUAAUCUCCAGGCCGCCAUCAUGUUCUGUACCGGGGUGCUUCGGAUCCCGCUGGGACCGCCCCUGGGGGUCCUGCACUUCACGGCGUGCUGCUGUGAGGGCCUCGCCAACAUCCUCCUCCAUGAAGAGGCGCAGUUUGCACCCUUUGAGCCGCAGCGCACGGUCGAGAGCAUCACCCGCGAGGUGACGUUUGAGUCUGGAGGUGGCAGGGGCGACCAGGAUGGCUCGUUGAGCCGCGAAAUCUCCAUGUCAGAGUCUGGCAGCCCCCUGGCCUCGCACGCCGAGGAGCCCUCGGGAAUCUUCCAGCGCCUGCAGCACGGCUUCCAGCACGUCAUCAGCAACGACGACCAGAUGAUGGAGCACUUCACGAACGCCUUCUCCAUAACCUCGCUGCUGGAGGGCAACGCGCGCGAGCCGCCGCACGAGGCGUGAGGGAGGCAGGCGCCGCGCCGGGCCUCCCCGCGCUGCCCGCACGCGGCUGCGGCUGUUUAGUAUCACGUAUCACCCCGGUCCCUCCGAACUGUGCCCCCGCCCCCCCAGCUGUUCGGCUACCGAGAAGAUCGGGGUCACUCUUGCGUGUAGCCGACGCUUGUUCAGGCCAAGCCGCGGAUACCGCGGAUGGUCUGUGGCGCUGAGUGUAUUCGACGCGCAACCCGAGGAGCUCUGUUCUUCUGGGUGACCCGACCUCCCCCGAUUGCGUAACAAAAAA